GGCCAAUCGUGCCAUUGAUUCCAGGCGUAGCACCAGCUGGUCUCCCGAGGGCGAGCUGGUGUCAAUGCGCCUGGCGGGACCCACCGGCUCCGUCACACGCAGGAAGGACCUGACACCACGUGUGCGUGGCGAGGCUCAGCAGAGCAAAAAGCUGCUGCUGCAUGCGAUGGAACAGAAAUCCUCCAGGGAACUGGACCUGGCGAUCAGCAAAGCCUCGGAGUUCUGGCCCGAGACUGACCCAGAUCUCCUGCAAGGCCAGAGCCUCUUGGCCCAGUUGACUCGCCCUGUGGAGAUGCGCAAGGCUUUGGGUGCGCACGGCCGUGCACAGGUGAAACUGGCGAAGUUCCACCCUCGGAAUUCCAGAUCCGUGACACCCCCGCGCCGUGCUCGAGAAAUGCGGGGGGAAGCGCUUUCUGCAGCCACUUCUGCACUCAGCAGUGGGGUGGCUACCAACCUGUCAGUCUUGCGAAAAACUGAAAGAGCUGCCAGGGAAUUUUCAGAGAGCUGGACCAACUCAGCGUGGGCAGAUCUGUCACAGGCCUUGGAAACUCGAAACUUUGACCUUUUACCUGAGGCCAUCGAGGAAUGUGAGGCUGUCUUAAACGCCAUCCAUGCGGCAGAUCUUGCGCAGAUUGGUCCUGCUGUUUCUGCUGAGAUGCAGGACCUGCUGCAGUGCGCCGUGCGCAUCGCGGAGGGCUCCUCCGGCUUCGGCCUGGAGCAACGCCGCUGGGAGGCGCUGCAGCAGCUCAGGGGCGCCGUAAAAAAACGGCGAGGAGCGGCGUGGAGAUUUUUUCGGGAAAAUGGUGGAUGGAAUGGUGGAUUUAGUAUGAUUUAG